AUGGAAACUGAGAUGCUCACGGCUGUUGUUGUUGCCGUUGGUGCUGUUGUCGUUGUUGAUGUUGGUGUUGCUGUUGUUGUUGUUGUUGAUGUCGUUGAUUGUGUUAUUAUUGGUGUUGUUGGUGUUGUUUUCCUUGUUAGUGCUGUUGUUAUUGGUGCUGCUGUCGUUGUUGUUGUUGUUGGUAUUGUUUUUGAUUUUGUUGUCGCUGUGGGUGUUGCAGCUGGUGUCGUCGUUGGUGCUGUUGAUGGUGCUGCUGUUGGUGUUGUUGCUGGCGUUCUUGUUCAUGUUGUUGACGGUGCUGUUGUUGUUGGUGAUGCUGUUGUUGGUGCUGUUAUCGUUCUUGAUGUUGUUAUUGGUGUCGUUAUCGUUGUUGACGUUGUUGUUGGUGUUGUGUUCUUGUUGAUGUUGUUGGUUUUGUUGGUGUUGGUGUCGUUGUUGUUGUUGUUGAUGCUGUUCUUUGUACCCUUGUCGUUGUUGGUGUUAUUGUCGUUGCUGUUGUUGGUUACACAGCAAGACCCAAACGACGAAGUCGAUAUAAAAUUUCGUAUAUUUUCGAGCGAAACUCUCAAAACCCUUAACCACUAUCGUGCGAAGAAGUUUAGUUCGAGCCUUACAGCUGCGCAAAAAUCUGGUAUGCGACAAGUUCGAGAGAUAAUAAAAUCAAAGACUAUUAGAUUAUCAGUUAGUGAUAAGGGUUUAGAGUUUGUAGUAAUUCCUCGCCAGUUAGAUGUCGAUAUAACGGAAAAACAUUUUGAAGACGCAUCUCUUUAUCGCGCAUCUACUGAAGAGGAAUUUAGAAGUCAAAAUCGAAAAUUGAACAACGAAUGGGUCAAAAUGGCAAGCGCAGCAGGCUUAAAACCAGCGGACAUUUAG